UUUCACUACUGCUUUUUUUUUAUUAAAAAAAAGUUAUAAAAUCUUUCUUCCCCUCCCCCCUCUCUCGUAUCAUUUGAAAUGUCAACAUUAAUAGAAACUGAAUCUACUUUACUCAAGUCACCUUCAGUACCUUGUCUCUUACAAGACACUUUAACUUUUAACAGUAACUCAUCUCAACGUCAGUCAACAGAUUCCGAGAGUAUCAAGACGACAAAUGCCUCUUUUAUUGAACAAACUCCGCCAACAUUGGAAGAACAGCAUAUGGUCUUGAACCAUGUCAUUGAGAUAGUCAACCUGGAAGAUCAAACAAUAAACAUCCUUCCAGAAAAAAAGAACCUGAUAAAGAAACUACAAAAAAAGCCUUCUGUACUUUCAAACAAAUCAGCACGUGCAGCAAGCAUCAUCAAACAGAAAUUUACACAGCCAGUAGCAGAAUUGAUUGUACCACAAGCCUCUAAAUCGACUUCCUCGACGCAUUCUUCUGCUAGUAGUGUCAACAGACUCUCCAAUCAACAUGUAGAUACCUUUGUUACUUUCUUACGCACAUCAGCCACCACUACCUAUAAAAAAAUGACUAUAUCAAGCACAGAUUUGGUUCGAUCCAGAAGUAAAAGAGCUUGGACUACCCCAGUCAAUAGUCAUAGCGACAGUACACUGAAAAAGUCACCAUCUUUCUAUCAACUCGAUCCAACUAGCUUGCUAUCCAAUCCCACUAAACCAAAGAGACACACCAAGACGACAGAAACAUGUCCUACUCAAACAGAUUUAUCGUUUGUCAAUGUGUUGUAUGAAACUAUGGUCAAUGGUGGUUAUUUAACACCUACUUUAUAUGUGCCUAUGAACUUGUGGUAUCAGCCCAAUGUUCGCAUUCCAGCCAUGGAUGCAAAAAUUGCAGCGUGUGAAUCUCUCUUGAAUGUAUUAGAACAAAUGGAGAAAAUAGACAAUUUUGAUGACAAAGAGGCUAUUGAACAUAACUUGGCUUUACUUGAAAAAACACUUCUAGUCACAAGCAAAACGAUGAAACGAAAGCUAGGUGGUCUGAGUCAAGGUGCAAGCAGUAAGAUCAACCGUGCUAGUUCUGUCAAAGCACCUCCCUCCAUCAAGAAAGUAACAAAAUUAUAUAACUUUGACGAUAAUCAUACCAUGAGCGAUCUACUCAGUACAUCACCACCACCGGCUAAAUCUUUAGAAUCGAUUAUGGAAGGCGCUGCUGCUAGUCUCAAGAAUUCACCACAAGCCAUCACAGCCUGGAGUUCGAAAUUAACCAAAUCAGUAGAGAAAAUUAAUCAGCGCAAUCAAAAUAACAAUGAAGCCUAUAUCAAGUCGCUUAUUCAGUUAUUUUCUAUGGCCAAUAUCUUGGAGACAUGGCGACAAAAACUAGAAGCCAAUGAUACAUCAGACGAAUGUUAUCAGUCCAUGUGUAUACACAUCAACAAAUGCAUUGAACUACUUGUAACUACCAUAUGUAGUUUUGUAUUAAAAGACUAUGAGCUCUUGCUUGAUAAAUGGCUUCAUCAAAGCACAGAAUGGCUAUCAGCAUAAUAAAUUUAUUCAUUUAUCCAUAGUUGACACCAGUACAUCUCAUAGAGUGAUCUACUUGGACAUUUAAACGAUCAGGUCUGAAAUCC